GAAAUGUCAUUUCAAAUAAAAAAAAUUUUAAAAAAAAGGAAAAAAGAGAUUAGUCCGCCUCUCUAUGAUUUUGAACUAUAUCUCUCUCACGGCUAAGUCGCAUCUCGAAGAGGAUGAUGGGUGGGACGACAUGAAGAGGUGGCAUCAAAAGACACAAACGCCUGCAUAUCUAAAAAAAUCUCUUCCACAAAAUGGAGAGGCAUAUGGAUAUUUAACUGAAUCACUGAUCCACUCCUAGUCAGCCAGCUGGUCCCUCCGCACUGACCAUGCCAUGUUCCCUAAACAAAUUAACACUCUGAAUAAUGUAUGAUCCGUCUCAUGUGAUGAUUUUCAGUUUUGGCACAAUGAACAAUUAAAAGUGCCGUUUGAAAUUCCUCUACCCAAUUCAAUAUGAUUUAGCAUCCAGCCUCCUUAAAACCGUGUGGCAUAUGACCUCUUAUUAAAUUGUGUGUGCUACGGUGCUACCUUGAAACCCGAUGCCUGAGUAUUUCCUUUUUGUGUUUUAUGCUGGAGUAUCUUUUUUUAAUGGAUCGGGCCACACGAACUAGUAGAUCCAGUCAUUUAAGAAUAAAUGACUGUAAGAAAAUGGUUGUUUUCUCGGGCUGUCCUUAAUAGAUUGUUCAGGAAUCAUCACCAAUUUCCAAAAGAAAAAGGGUAAAACGGUGAAGUCAUCUGCCAUCAUUUUGAAUAUAAACUUUUAGAAGUGGGAAGAGACACAGGACUGCUGCAGUCCACCCAAUUUGUUAUCCACAUGUUCCACGGGCGAGGUCCACUGUGCUGUGCUCCAUUUUUCUUCGCAAAUUUUGUGCCUUUAGUCUCUUUAUUAAUGAUUCAAUUUAGCAUUGCGCAUUCCUGUAAAAUUCAACUAAGUAUCUUCAGCUCAGGAAGGGGACCUAAUCACUUAGUUGAAAGGAUCAGAAAGCCUGGGUGAAGAGGUUUCACCAAGUUCUGAGGCUGUGGCUUGUGUAUAUAUAAGGGAACCAAGUUCUGAGGUUUCACGUUCGCAAAAAUACUUGAAAUAGAUGGUUAAUUGUAGCUAGGCACAUUCUAAAAUUUCAGAGCUUGGACCAUUGGGAUUAAUAUUCGAUUGCAAUUAACUAAUUUCAGAGCUUGAAUAAAAUAAGAUGCAUCAUCCUAUAUAACACAAAACUAAAUUUUGGGCUAUAGAGAAAGACCUCUAUUAAGCUAGAAGAAAAGAUCUGAUUCUUAAUUAUUUUGAGUUGUCUUUUUCCCCUCUUAAAUGUUUAACUUAAUCAGAAAGGUACUAAUCUAGACAAGCACGAAAUAUGGACUUUAUAAUUUAGUAUUAGAAAAUGGAAUAUGAAUGUUACUACUCUACUCUUAUCGAUGAUGGAUAAUAUAAUCUAAAAGAAAAUUUCGGAUAGGAGUAAACUAAAAAUUAGCCAAAGCACAUGACAAAAAUGUAAGCUUCAUCGAAGCCCACCACUCAGCUGAGCGUGCUGCUUGUUUACCAACAACAGUGGGUACGGAUAAGAAUAAUAACACGUGGUUCAAACUUCCCCAAUCUCGAAUGGUGACGCACACGAUGAGUUUUUUAACCUUGUUCUUUUCCAAACAUGUUCUCCAUUCUCCAUUGUUUUUCUUUUCUUUUUUUAUUUUUUAUUUUGGGGUUCUGUUAAUCUUUUUCUUUUCUUAGUGGAAGCAUAAGGGAGAAAAAAAAAGGCAGUGAUCAGCAUCAAAAGAUAAAAGAGUUGAAAUGCUCUCUCCUCUCUCUCAAAUCUCAUUGGUCUCUCUCCAUAUCUCCUCUUUCUAAUAAACUUCGUCUUCAUAAUACAUGUGUUUUUUCCCUUUUUCAAUUUAUGCACCUGAAUCCAUCAAUGGAGGAUGAAGUUCCUUCGUGGUUGCAGUCCCUUCAUGUCUCCACUCACUUCCUUACCUUCUUCUUCUUUAUAAUCUUCUUGUGUUUGUCGUAUAUCAUAUAUUUCCAAUCUCUAAGACUGAAGCUAUGGUGUAAUUGUGAAAUUUGCCACAGCUAUGUCACCUUGAGUUGGUCCAAACAAUUCCACAAUCUCUGUGAUUGGUACACUCAUCUCCUCCGAAACUCCCCAACUCAAACUAUCCACGUACAUGUGCUGGGCAACACCAUCACUGCAAACCAGGAUAACGUGGAGUAUAUGCUCAAGACUAGAUUUGAGAAUUACCCAAAGGGGAAACCCUUCUCCGCAAUCCUUGGGGACUUCCUGGGUAGGGGUAUUUUCAACGUGGACGGAGAAUUAUGGAGGUUUCAAAGAAAAAUGGCAAGUCUAGAGCUUGGAAGGACCUCUAUACGGUCCUAUGCAUUCGAGAUUGUCAAUUACGAGAUCGAACGCAGGCUUCUCCCACUUUUAUGGUCGGUUGCGGGCAACGAAGAUGGAGUUUUGGAUUUGCAAGAUGUGUUCAGAAGGUUCUCUUUUGAUAGCAUAUGCAGAUUCUCCUUUGGGUUGGACCCUGGGUGCCUAGAGUUGUCCCUCCCCAUCUCAGAAUUUGCCGAUGCCUUCGACCUAGCAUCCAAAUUGUCGGCAGCCAGAGCCAUGGCUGCGUCCCCGCUGGUUUGGAGGAUCAAACGUGUGUUGAACCUAGGUACUGAGAAGAAACUGCGAAAAGCCAUUAAACUGAUCAAUAUUCUUGCCCAAGAGGUCAUAAAGCAGAAGCGUAAAAUGGGCUUUUCUGCCCAUAAGGAUCUUCUUUCAUUGUUCAUGAGAAACCUAAACGAUGACACAUACCUGAGAGACAUCGUCAUAAGCUUCCUAUUAGCUGGCCGCGACACAGUUGCUUCAGCUUUAACCAGCUUCUUCUGGCUGUUGUCCAACCACCCGAAGGUGGGGGCAGCAAUUAGGUCGGAGGCGGACAAAAUCAUUGGUCCGGAUCAAGAGGUUACAAGCUUCGAGCAAAUGCAAGAACUCCACUAUUUACAGGCAGCAGUGCAUGAGAGCAUGAGACUCUAUCCACCGAUACAAUUCGAUUCAAAAUUCUGUCAGGAAGACGAUGUGCUACCAGAUGGAACAUUUGUACAAAGAGGCACAAGAGUUACUUACCACCCCUAUGCAAUGGGUCGGAUAGAAGGGAUCUGGGGCCCUGACUGUUUAGAAUUCAAGCCAGAACGGUGGCUCAAGGAUGGUGUCUUUUUCCCAGAAAACCCAUUUAAGUACCCAGUUUUCCAAGCGGGGAUAAGGGUCUGUUUGGGAAAGGAAAUGGCUCUGAUGGAGUUCAAAAGUGUGGCUCUUUCAUUGGUCCGACGCUUCCACAUCGAAUUGGCUACCCCGUGUCCCAUUCCUCGGUUCUCUCCCGGACUCACCGCCACUUUUGGUAGCGGUCUCCCGGUUUUGGUACGAGGAAGAACAAUCACAUAGUAAUUCAUGCCUCCAUUAUUUUCUACAUACUGCACUUAGAAGUGCAAUAUUAUAUGGAUGGCGCAUAUUAGCACUUUCUGAAAUAUGUGAAAUAUUGUACCAUGCACCGAUGGGAGGAGUGCGAAAUGUGAAUCACAGCGAAGUGACAUAGAUCUAUCGCCCUACCUGGGCAUGCACCCCUUUUUACCAGCAUCACUAUCUGGUUUGAUGUCCAGAUUGGAACUUUAUUUUGUGUGUAUAAAGUUAAAUGAUGGUGAAGAUGACCGGCUAGCUUUGUGUUUUUUCUGUGGUAGAGAUUUUUUCUCACGGGGUCUUAUCUCUGCCGUCGGUCCCACACGCUUCAAUAUUCUUAUACAUAUUGCCUUGUAAACUUUUGGGAAGGACGCCAAUCUCAUGUAAUGUAAGCAACAAAAGCUUGUUUCCGUUGUUCACUACAAGACUACAUUGUAACUCCAUCCUUGAGUUAGUCGGCAGUUCACAUGCAUUAGGG